AUGACUAAUAUUUCUAAAGCUUUCCAAGUACUUAAUAAAUGCUUCGUGUGUCAAGACAGACGGUGGAGAGACGAAGCUCCAUCCCAAUCCCAUGUUUCUCAUGAAGAACUGAAUAAAAAACUCACUGUCCUAGCGAAAGAACGUAGUAGAGAAUUGGAUGAGUACUUGCUCUCUUUCAGUCGUUCCAGCAAAGUUGUGUUGAAAAUAGUUCUAUUAGGAAGCCCCAGUAGUGGCAAAAGCACUGUCUUCAAGCAAAUAGACUUAUUAUAUCGAGACUCGUACAUUCGUCCCGACCAUUCUCACAGCUUUAGGGAAAAGAUAUAUGAGAACGUUUUCAUUAUUUAUAAGAAAAUAUGUUUGGCUGCUUCUGACUUGAACUUCUCCUUGGAUAUCGUUGAAACUAUUAUGAAAGAUAUAAGCGAGAAAUCUUUUAAUGGUAAUGAUUUCGUGACUAACAUCCCCAUGCUCAGCUCUUUGUUGCAACAGUUUUGGAAAUCGACAAUAGUGCAGCUGACGUACCAACACCGAUACAGCUUGAAUCUACCAGAUUCCACGAAAUAUUUCAUGGACAAUAUGAAUAGAAUAGGCUCUCUCGAUUAUGAACCCAUAUGGGAAGAUAUAUUGCGAAUAAGAGAAGUUGUAAAUCACGUGAGGACUGAAGUGUAUCCUUUCGAGAGGAUCAAGUUUAGAGUUAUCGAUGUGGGAAAUCAAAAAUCUUUACGGAGGAAAUGGCUACAUGUCUUUGAUGAUGCUUCCGUCAUUAUUUAUGUGGUCGAUUUGCUGAAAUGUAUCGGAAGUUAUACAAGUACUUCCGAUAUAAUCGACACGAAACUGACAGUGAGCCAGUUCGCGGAUAUCGUUCAAAACCGUUUGCUCUCUAAUUCCACCUUUCUUCUUUUAUUGAACAAAUUCGACAUGUUCCAAGACUUCAUUAAUACAACGAUAGUCAACUAUGAGCAACCUGAAUUAGUCGAAUUCACCUUUAUGAAAAUUCGGGAACAGUUUCUUGAAGCUGCACAAUUCCGCAAACAUGUCUACUCGCACAGCCUUGUGGCUGUCGAAAUAGACGAUGCUAAGAAAGUUUUAAAUCAUAACUUUGCUAACAUUUUGCGAAUCAAAGCAAAAGCUGUGCUCGUGUGA